CGGGCCGGGGGUCCGAGCCGCGCGCCCCCGGCCCCGGCCCCGGCCCCCGGGCGCCCGGGCCGGAUGCCCCGAUGAGAGAGCCGGCGCUGGCGGCCGGCGCCAUGGCUUACCACCCGUUCCCCGCGCCGCGGCCCGCCGACUUCCCCAUGUCCGCCUUCCUGGCGGCGGCGCAGCCCUCCUUCUUCCCGGCGCUGGCGCUGCCGCCCGGCGCGCUGGCCAAGCCGCUGCCCGACCCGGGCCUGGCGGCGGCGGCGGCGGCGGCGGCGGCGGCCGAGGCGGGGCUGCACGUCUCGGCGCUCGGCCCGCACCCGCCCGCCGCCGCCGCCGCCGCCGCGCAUCUGCGCUCGCUCAAGAGCCUGGAGCCCGACGACGAGGUGGAGGACGACCCCAAGGUGACGCUGGAGGCCAAGGAGCUGUGGGACCAGUUCCACAAGCUGGGCACCGAGAUGGUCAUCACCAAGUCCGGGAGGCGGAUGUUCCCCCCCUUCAAGGUGCGAGUCAGUGGCCUGGACAAGAAGGCCAAGUACAUCCUGCUGAUGGACAUCGUGGCUGCAGACGACUGUCGCUACAAGUUUCACAACUCACGGUGGAUGGUGGCAGGCAAGGCUGACCCAGAGAUGCCCAAGCGCAUGUACAUCCACCCGGACAGUCCGGCCACGGGCGAGCAGUGGAUGGCCAAGCCCGUGGCCUUCCACAAGCUGAAGCUGACCAACAACAUUUCCGACAAGCACGGCUUUACGAUCCUGAACUCCAUGCACAAGUACCAGCCUCGUUUCCACAUCGUCCGAGCCAACGACAUCCUCAAGCUACCCUACAGCACCUUCCGCACCUACGUCUUCCCCGAGACCGACUUCAUCGCCGUCACUGCCUACCAGAACGACAAGAUCACGCAGCUGAAGAUCGACAACAACCCGUUCGCCAAGGGCUUCCGGGACACCGGGAACGGCCGUCGGGAGAAGAGGAAGCAGCUCACGCUGCCCACCCUGCGCCUGUACGAGGAGCACUGCAAGCCGGAGCGGGACGGCGCUGACUCCGACGCCUCGUCCUGCGAGCCCCCGGCCGCGCGCGAGCCGCCGCCCUCCCCCGGCGCCGCGCCCAGCCCCCUGCGCCUGCCCCGGGCGCGAGCCGAGGAGAAGCCUUGCGCGGCCGACAGCGACGCCGAGCCCGAGCGCCCCGGCGAGGAGCGCACCGCCGCCGCCCCGGGCCGCAGCCCCCCGCGGGACCCCAGCCCCGCCCGCCCCGCCGAGCCCCGAGAGCGGCGCAGCCCGGAGCGGGGCGCCGGGGAGCCGGCCGACGGCCCGCGGGGCGCGGAGAGGGAGCGCGCCGAGGCCCGGCGCAGGGACGAGGGGCGCAGGGACGCGGGCGAGGCCAAGGAGGCCGGCCCGGCGCCGCUGGUGGUGCAGACGGACGGCGCGUCCCCGCUGGGCGCCGGCCACCUGCCCGGCCUGGCCUUCUCCAGCCACCUGCCGGGGCAGCAGUUCUUCGGGCCGCUGGGCGCCGGCCAGCCGCUCUUCCUGCACCCCGGACAGUUCGCCGUGGGCCCCGGGGCCUUCUCCGCCAUGGGCAUGGGCCACCUGCUGGCCUCGGUGGCCGGCGGCGGCGCGGGGCCCGGGGGCGCGGCCGGGCUGGACGCGGGCGGCCUGGGCCCCGCAGCCAGCGCCGCCGGCACCGCGGCGCCCUUCCCCUUCCACCUCUCCCAGCACAUGCUGGCGUCUCAGGGAAUCCCAAUGCCCACCUUCGGGGGCCUCUUCCCCUACCCCUACACCUACAUGGCAGCCGCGGCCGCCGCCGCCUCCGCUCUGCCCGCCAGCAGCGCCGCCGCCGCCGCCGCCUCCCUGUCGCGGAGUCCGUUCCUGGGCAGCGCCCGGCCCCGCCUGCGCUUCAGCCCCUACCAGAUCCCGGUCAGCAUCCCGCCUAGCGCCAGCCUCCUUACCACCGGGCUGGCCGCAGACGGCUCCAAGGCCGCGGGGAACAGCCGCGAACCUAGCCCGCUGCCCGAGAUGGCUCUCCGGAAAGCGGGGGGCCCGUCCCGAGGGGCUCUGUCGCCCGGCGGCUCAGCCAAAGAGGCGGCCAGCGAACUGCAGAGCAUCCAGAGACUGGUGAGUGGGCUGGAGAGCCAGCGAGCCCUCUCCCCAGGCCGGGAGUCCCCCAAGUGAGGGGCCGCCCGGCUGCCGCGCUGCCACACGAGCCCCCCACCCCGGGCUGGGCUGUCCGCCUCGGCCGCUUGGGACGCGUACAGCACAGAGGGUAUUUAUUUAACUAAAGGAGCAAAAGCAGGCUUCCGCGGCCAGAACAGAGCCUCGAGCGGCAGGCCGGGGGUCUGGGCCGCCCCCCUGGGGGUCUCAAGGAGGAAUCCGUCUACCCGGAUCGCAGCCACUAUGGAGCCCCUGGAUUUGAUCCAGACCCGCUGGAGAGCCGAGAAGGGGGCGCCUCCUCUCAACACGAUGGGGAUGGUCUCUCUCCAAGCCCCGCGGCCCCCUUGGAAGCCAGAACGCGCAUUGGCUUCGAAAAGCAUCCCGACGAUCUCCGGCCUUGGGCCUGGAUGUCGUCAGAAACUGGGGUGAAGGACGCUGGAGCCAGAGAGGCCCUUCUGAAGCCGGUGUAGACCUGAGCUGGGAGGAUUCCUGUCCAUUUGCUCUUCCCACCUGUACCCCACCAGAGACGGCGCCACUCCUCCUCCUCCUCCUCCUCCUGGGUCAGCGGGGAAAGGUGCACUUCAGCUUUGAGUCCCCAGGGGGCAAAAGAUAUUUAUGAAAUAAAUGGUAAUUUGUGUAAAUAAGCUCUAAGGUUCCCAGAAGAUACAAAUUCGUAUUAAUUUA